GGUUUGGAUUACAAAGAAGAAAAAAAAAUGUGCAGAGGCACAGUUCAUUGCCCUGGGACAUACUGUAACACUUGAACGCGCGUGGGGUAGUGUGUGUGCUGGUGACAGAUAAAGAAAGCAGAGAGCGCAUCCCUCCGUCAGAUCCUAGUUUCACAGUGUUGCAGAGCAGACCGGUCUCACCUGGAGGAUUGAUCCCAGAUAUGAGGCUCUGUUUCUGGGCUGGAGCUUGCCGCCUCCUGCCUGUGCUGGGUCUUUUGGCAGUCCUAAAUGUCGAAGCGAGCCAGCAUCAACCCAAGGAGAGGCACUACUACGUUGCUGCCGUGGAGAUAAACUGGAACUACUCCGGCGAUGACCAGAACAGGUCUGGUCCCACCUACAAGAAAGUGGUGUUUCGGGAAUAUGAGAGAGACUUCCGACAAGCCAAGACUCAUCCAUCUUCGCUGGGUCUGCUGGGACCCACGCUGCGGGCGGAGGAGGGAGAGACGAUCGUCGUGACUUUCAGAAACAUGGCGAAUGGGGUGUACAGCAUCCACCCACACGGAGUGGCUUACGGGAAACAGUCGGAGGGGGCCAACUACUUCGACAACACGUCACUUAAAGAAAAAGAGGACGACUUAGUGCUCCCGGGGCGUGAUUAUGUUUACUCCUGGGAAGUGACGCCAGAAGUUUCCCCAGGGCCAGACGAUCCCAACUGUCUCACCUACACCUACGUCUCUCACCAAAACGUGGUCCAGGACUACAACUCCGGCCUCAUCGGCGCUUUGCUCAUCUGCAAACCCGGGAGUCUGGAUGAGUCAGGAAAGCAGGUCGCCAUCCACGAGGAGCACGUAUUCCUCUUCGGCGUUUUUGAUGAGAAGGACAGCAUGUAUAGUCCAAAUGGAUACGCCCUGGACAACCACCUCAAACACACGAUCAACGGAUACACACGCGGCUCGCUGCCUGGUGUCAGCAUGUGCGCUCAUGCGCCCCUGAGUCUGCAUCUGAUCGGUAUGAGCUCCGAGGCCGAGCUGUUUUCCGUGCACAUGAAUGGGCAGGUGCUGACACAGGACGGCCACAAAGUGUCCACGGUGGGGCUGAUCAGCGGCUCCACGGCCACCGCCAGCCUGGUGGCGCUCCACCCAGGCCGCUGGCUGCUCUCCUCGCACACGUUCAAGCACAUGGAAGCUGGCAUGCAUGGCUUUGUGGAUGUGAAGAAGUGUGAAGACUUUAAGGAACCCGUGAGAAGGUUGACCGCCUCACAAAAACGACAUAGCACCGAAUGGAAGUACUACAUAGCUGCAGAGGAAGUUGUCUGGGACUACUCACCCAACAUGCAGGAACACAUCGACAAGGACUUCAAGCUCCAGUAUCUUACACAGUCGCCCACUCGCAUUGGGAAGAAGUACAAGAAGGCGGUGUACACGCUGUACACAAACGAGUCAUUCACUGAAAAGUUAGAAGACAAGCAAAGGAAAAAUGAACUUGGUAUAUUAGGCCCGAUAAUCAGAGCACAAAUCAGAGACGUCAUCAAGAUCACCUUCAAGAACAUGGCCUCCAGGCCCUACAGCAUCUACCCACACGGACUGUCCAUAGAUAAGUCAGAGGAAGGAGCCAACUAUCCAGAGGGAGGAAACCAGUCCCAUGCUGUUCAGCCGGGGGAAACCCAUACCUAUGUGUGGAAAGUGCUCGAGGAAGACCAGCCUUCGGAUUCAGACCCCCGAUGUCUCACACGGAUGUACCACAGCGCAGUGGACACGCCGCGCGACAUCGCAUCCGGACUGAUAGGACCCAUCCUCAUCUGCAAGAGCGAGUCCCUCAAUGUCAGGAACGUGCAGCUGAGAGCAGACAAGGAGCAGCACGCCAUAUUUUCUGUGUUUGAUGAGAACAGGAGCUGGUACUUGAAUGAAAACAUCCGCCGGUAUUGUGAUCACUCCAAAGUCGACAAGGCGGACAUGAACUUCUACAAGUCCAACGUCAUGCACACAAUAAACGGUUAUACCUUUGAGAGUGGGCCAAUUUUAGGCUUCUGCUACGGUGAGUCUGUAACGUGGCAUGUCUCCAGUGUCGGAGCGCAGGACUAUGUCCAGACAGCUACUUUCUACGGCCACCCCUUUGAGCUGAACGAGAGGACAGAAGACUUCCUCAGCCUGUACCCUAUGACAGGCGAGACCAUCACCAUGUUCAUGGACAACAUUGGUGUCUGGCUCGUGGCUUCCAUGAACACUCACCAGACAACUAAAGGGAUGCGUAUCAAGUUCAAAGACGUUGAGUGCUAUCGCGACUACGAAUACGAAUAUGAAAGUACCAUGCCAAAAAGUGAAUUUACGUUGUGGAAGCCGCAAACGUUGGACGACAUCAACAAGGAAGACGAGGAGGAAGACAUUAAAAUAAAAAACACUGAGGUAGAUUCUUAUACAGAAAUGUUUGCAAACGAGUUAGGUCUCAGGUCUCUGAAAAACCAGUCCAAGGACUUAAAUGUGGAUAAGCUGGACCUGUCUUUUCUUGAUUAUGACGCUAUUGAUGUACCUGACGGUGACGUGAUUCUCAACCGCACUGUCAACAACACGGUGAAGAAAACCUUUCCUUCAAAUAACCAGGACAAUUCCUCCCUGCAUCAAACAAGGAACACGUCAGUCUUUAGUCAACAUGUAUCACUCAAGAAUGGUAGUUUAACUACGAAUGCAAGUAUUUCGGAGGCUGUAUCAGGUCCUCACAAUGUCACUGUUUAUCUCACAAACAAUGCUACAGUUUACAAUGCCACAGGAUCAUCAGAUGUUGGAAAUGUAUCUGCUGAUAUCACCAAUUUUACAGUAGCAAUAUCACAGGAAACUUCCAAUCUAACAGUGGAAGUGCAAGAAUCUACCGAUCCAACUGUAGGACUGCCAGGAAAUACGACUUCCAUGUCAGGAAACGAAACAACGAACGCAACGCUGCCUGGUGAUAGCCAGGCCUCUGUGGAUGUAACCGUGUCUCAUGAUUCUGAGGAGCGACUCACUCGAGGGGACGUGUUCUUUUACGAUGUUCUUCAGCACAAGCUGAGCAUCAACUCUCGCGAUGACCAAAGCGGUGAAGUAUCUAAUGUCACUCUUUCACAAAGUGAGAGUAACACGACAAUAGAGCGUGUUGACGUGUCAGGAGCUGAAGGAAACCUUACAGUGUCCCCUGCAGCUCUUGGUGUGGAUGAGUUUAACCAAAGCAGAAGUGAAGGAGGCAACAUGACCCUUUUUGACUUAGCGUCGCAGAACACGGACAACGAUAUCUCCUCCGCACAGCCGGAGCACGGACUUCACAGAAAUGCCUCUGACAUUUGGACUCUUCUGGCUAAUUCCAUCCUUAAACACUCGUUCAAAACAGAUCCUUUGCAAAAUGUCACAGCUCCUCCUGGUGGGAUGACCGACACAUCUGCCUCGGGAAGUUUGUCCAGGGAGAUUAUGGCUCCAACUAAUCGGCCCCUCGCUGGUGAUGACCUGAGUUCUUAUGAGCUACGUGCCUCAGACAGUAGUGAAGAAGUCCAUAUCUACCUCAAAGAAAACAGCACUGCGGUUAUUAAAACCUCCUCUUUCACACCACAAGGCCACAACUGGACAUAUGAUGGAGCUCACUCCAUGGUACCGCAGGAUAUUCCUAACAACAUCAAGAAAUACUUCACAGAGGGGACCCUUCAAACAAUGCCACCUCCAAAGAAUCCAAGAAAGAAAGUCACCCUCCGACAGAGACCCCAGAAAGGUCAAGGGAUGAAAACAAGGAAGAGGAAGGAAUACAAGCCUCUGGCCAGGAGCGGUUUACCGUUCUCCCCUCGUGGAUUUAAGCCGGGGAUGACGCCUCGUGGGGCCCGGCCCCAGGUGCCCCAACCCGUCUCUGAUGAGGAGAACCUGAUUAACAUGCCUGUGGUCAUUGGCGUGCCCAGGCCUGAUUUCAGUGACUACCAGCUGUAUGUUCCUGGAGAGGAGCCAGAUCAUCUAGAGAUAGGUGACGUGAAUGAAGACGUGAAUCAGGAUGAGUAUGAGUAUGUGAUGUACAAAGAUCCCUACAGUGGUCUGGAAGACAUGAAGAACCUCAACCUGGAUGAAACCGCCAGGUACUACUUAAAGUUGUCAGGCUCAAAUGUCAAGACUUAUUUUAUCGCUGCAGAGGAAAUUGAAUGGGACUACGGUGGUUACGGGCAGAGGAGGCAAGACAAAGAUCAAUUCAACACCCGGGAAACUAAAUUCACCAAGGUGGUUUUCCGAGGUUACCUUGAUAGUAGCUUCAGCACUCCUGACAUCCGCGGGGAGCUUUAUGAGCAUCUGGGCCUACUGGGACCCGUCAUCAAGGCAGAGGUUGGACAAAGUAUCAUGGUGGUGUUUAAGAACAAUGCCAACCGUCCAUACUCCAUACAUCCUAACGGGAUUACCUACACGAAGCAGACGGAGGGCCUGUCCUACGAGGACGACUCCACGUACUGGUUCAAGUACGACAACGAGGUUCAACCCAAUACUACCUUCACGUAUUUGUGGAAAGUCGGCCCUUCAGUUGGGCCAGAAUCAGGAGAGUGUCCCUGUCGAACCUGGGCCUACUACUCAGGCGUUAACCCUGAAAAGGAUAUUAACUCUGGCUUAAUUGGACCUUUGCUGGUUUGUCGACCUGGCGCCCUGAACGAAACGUUAACAGAUAUGAGGGAGUUCAUGCUGCUUUUCAUGACCUUCGAUGAGUCACAGAGCUGGUACUACGAGAGAAACCGCGAGUUGAUGCAAAGGAAGAGCCGCAAAAGAAUCCUGGAUGCCAACCACAAGGAGAAGCUCAAGUUCCACACCAUCAAUGGGAUUGUUUACAGCCUUAAGGGCCUGAGGAUGUACACCAACCAGCUCGUGUGCUGGCACUUGAUCAACAUGGGUGCCCCCAACGACUUUCACAGCGUUCACUUCCACGGACAGACGUUCAUUCACAAGACGACCAAAAGCUACAGACAGGCUGUCUAUCCUCUGCUGCCUGGGAACUUUGCAUCACUGGAGAUGUACCCGUCCAAACCCGGCCUUUGGCAGCUGGAGACCGAAGUUGGCUUAAACCAAGAGAAGGGGAUGCAGACCCUCUUUCUGGUUCUAGAUAAAGACUGCUACCGUCCACUGGGUCUCGAGUCAGGCAGUGUCAAAGACAACCAGAUCACAGCCAGCAGUACUAGAGGAUACUGGCAGCCUCAUCUUGCAAGGCUGAACAAUUAUGGUAAAUAUAACGCCUGGAGCAUGGAUGAGAGCCACAGCUGGAUUCAGGUGGACUUCGAGCGGCCGGUUGUGAUCAGUCAGGUGGCAACUCAAGGAGCCAAAGAGAUGUUCCAGUCCCAGUUUGUGGAACAGUUUUCAAUAUCGUACAGCAACGACCGGCGAAAAUGGACAUUAUAUAAAGGCAACAGCAAGGAAUACUGGAAGAUAUUCCCCGGAAACCAGGAGGCCUACCAGACAAGGACGAACACCUUCUUUCCUCCCAUGAUUGGACGGUUCAUCAGAUUCCACCCCAUCACCUGGUACAACAAGGCCACAGUCCGCAUGGAGUUGUACGGCUGUGAACUUGACGGUUGCUCUGUGCCUCUGGGGAUGGAGAGCGGACUGAUAGCGGACGAUAAAAUCACAGCCAGCUCCGUGGCCUCCAGCUGGUUCGGCGGACCCUGGAAACCUUCACUCGCUCGCCUCAACAGACAGGGCACUGUCAAUGCAUGGAGUGCUAAGUACAAUGACAUGCGACAGUGGCUCCAGGUCGAGCUGCCCCAUGUAAAGAAGAUCACGGGUAUCGUAACGCAGGGAGCCAAGACUAUGGGGAAGGAGCAGUACGUGGACGCCUACUUUCUGCAGUACAGUGACAACGGCAUACACUGGACCCGAUACACGGAUGAUGAAGACCAACCUGUCAAGAUAUUCGCUGGAAACACGAACAACAAUGACCACGUGAAGAACUACAUUUACCCUCCUAUCUUCUCUCGCUUCAUUCGAAUCAUCCCCCAUAAAUGGAUGGGCUCCAUCACCAUGAGAAUAGAGCUACUGGGCUGUGACUACGAGUGACGGAUAAUUAAGCUUCAUAUGAUAACAUACAGUAUAAACUCAUGACGCACAUGUCGGUCCAGACAUAAGCACAACCACAUAUACACAGUAUUGACUAUAUUACACACUGAAACUGAGUAAUAAGACAUUUUAUAUAUCUAAUUUUAGCCAGAUUUGGAUCAAGGAAUAUUUUGCUCACUCUUGGAAAAAUAAAUAAUAGAAGUAAGAUCUUUUUUAUUAGUUUCCACUUCAAGAAAUAAGUCAUAUUGUUGAGAGUAAAAUCAAAAAUGUUGAUAGCGAAGUUGAAGUCGGACAGCAUUUCAAGAAGGGAGUUGAAAUGCUGAAUUAAACUGUUCUUCUGUAGCUAUUCUAGUUUGCAGAAGCGCUGCAUGUGAACAUCCAUGGGAUUAAAAAUGAAAUGGUGCAACUGUUCCUUUAAGCAGCAGAUUGUCCAUUUCAAUGUGAAAAUAUCAGUUUCACUUUCAUUUGAAGCGCUGUUUGCUUACUUUUUGCAACCAUUAUCUAGCUAUUGAAGAAACCAGCCAAAGUAACCUUGGAUUCCCAUCGGGGGUCCCUUGUGACAGCAGUAUAUUCAUCGUCACACAUCAGUAAUGAUGAAACCACCUCACAGAGCUACACUGAAAAUCCUAGGCAACUAGGAGAUGCCUUUGUGCUGCUUUAACUGAUAGCUGGUUUAAAAUCUAUUAAAGAUAUAAAUCCUUAAAUUAAAGGUAGGGUAAGUGAUUCUGCAUGAUUCUACCAGAACACCUUUUUCACAUUCAGUGAAUAUCUCUUCAUAUCUCGUGCACUAGCUGUCCAUCUCAUGAUUAUAAAUAAGUAAUUAGUCUGGGGAGGCCUGCCCCCUAAAUCAUAACAGACAUUCAGCUAAUCAGAGACAGGCUGAGGGUUCGUGCUCACAUUCACAAUGGCUUGCAUCUUCUCAUGAAGUGCUGGAAUUAGAAUCUAGCUCUCCACGUUUGAUGUGGCAUCAUCUAGAAAUAGCUUACCCUGCCUUUAAUAUUGAUUUGAAUGAACUUUUUGAAAUAGCAUUUCAACUUCAUCCUUGAGAAGUUGACUCUAUUUUUAAGUAUCAACUUUAUUCCCAACAUGCUGAUGUUAUGGAUUUCAAAAUUUCAAAAUUACUCUCAAAAAGCUGAUUUUACUCUCAAAAUUUUGAGGGAGAGGAAAUAAAUAACCUUGUUGUUUCUUCUUCCAUACAAUCUUAUACUGUAUCAUAGAUUUGCCUGUUGCUUUCAAGUUAAACAUGAAAGUGGAAAGUUUUUUCUAUUACAAAUAUAGUUUGUUAAAUGACAUAUAGCACAGUAAAUAUACUCUUUACCUCUUUCUUAAGUGCCAUAAAAAAUGAAAACCUAAUCGAUGUAAAUAUGUAAGUAGAGAUUAUGUAAUUUAUUUUUAAAUAAAUGUGAUUUUUCCAUCCUU